CUAGAACACACAGGUGACAACGUUCAAGAUCUGCAUCUCAGGACAAGAUACAAAAGGUCAGGUCAUUCAUUUUAAGGAAGUUUUACAAGAAUCAUGAAGAAUAAUCUGAGAAUGUUUUUUCUACUGGCAAUCCUCUUUUGGCGAGAGACAUCACCCAUUAGCAUGCUAUUCCGUCGACAGAGCAUGGACUAUUGCCCUGUACUUGAUCCCUUGACCACUACGACAGCUAGAAGUCUGAAACACUGUGCUAUAAUGUGUCUAACAUUAGGCAACUGUGGAGGCGUUUGCUUCCACAGCGAUAACCGGUGUCGUACCUACAAAAAGCUCAACAGUUCGUUGGGCAUGGUGGAUGACACUGGUUUCAAGGUGAUUUGGGAUGAUUCUGUGGCUAGGUCCCCUGAUUUCCGCAAGGUGUAUGAAUUCCAGUCUGCAAAACAGGAGUUUAAAGACGCAAAACAAACUUGCCAAGAUGCUGGAGCUAUAUUAGCAGUGCCAAAGAAUAUUGAAGAGAACGAAUUCAUCUUCCGCGUAACUGCAGAGAGCAGCGAAGACAAAAUCUGGAUUGGCCUUGAUGAUAUUGCACAAGAACUCACCUUUGUAAAUACAACAUCAAAAUCAAUCACAGGUUACGCAUACUUCGAAUCUGGCGAACCGACUAAUGACCAUAACAAGAACUGUGUCGUCCUCCAGCGGGAUAAAAAUAGUCGGUGGAAGGCAACUAAAUGUGACGAGAAGUACCCUUUCGCCUGCGAAAAGCUUCUUCCUUAAACUGCAAUUGGAAUAUAAAGGCCAAAGCUGGGACCUAUAAGGUAAUUCAAUGCUUAAAUGGAAAUUGAGAGUCAAGGAGGCUUUCAAGCUGUAAAGGCGGAAAGCAUCCCAUUUGCACUAUGAAACGAUUGUUAGGAGAAAGUCGGAAGUAAGGUGGAAGAAAGAUAAUAUGAACGGAGGAACUAUAAAGGGAAUGAAAGGGGCUGUAGCUAGGGGCCGAAAGGACGCUGCAAAGAACCUUAAGUAAUGAAUACAGUGCACCCUGUGAGGUACACCGAUUCCUUCCUUAGAGGAUUACAACAGCCAGACUCACAACCGCUUCAGUAAUGACUUUCAAAUACUCAGGCCGUUCAGAAAUGAUGGUCCGAAACACCAGGCCUCCUACGACUGUAGUUCAUUUAGAAAAGAAAUUUCAAUAAUUCAUUUCAAGGCCUCACACAGUAUUCAUAAUUUCAAAGCCUCGUGCACUACAAAAUUUUAACUUUAAAGCCUAAAUAGUAAAAAAAUAUAAUUUCGAAGCCUCACACAGGAGAAAAUAAUAUAAAAUUUCAUUUUAAAGCCUCAUACAUGCAGAAGAUUGUAAUUUUAAAACCUCUAACAGUAAAAAUUGUAAUAUCAAAGCGUCACACAGUAGAAAGUUGUCAUUUGAAAGUCUCGCGCAGUAAAAAAUUGUCAUUUCAAAGCCUCAUACAGUAUAAAAUUGCGAUUGCAAAACGACACAGAGUAGAGACUCAAAUUAAUAGCUCUGAGGUAGCUCUUCCGAAAACGCUAUUGUAAAUUUUCGCCCGCAUUCAAUUAUUAAAGUCUUAUUCCACGUAUCAAGUCGCAAAGAAGCCGAAUGGAAAGUGCCCAAAAGUACUGACAAAGUUAACCAUAAGCAUUUUACACUGAUGUACAUGAAAUUUCGUUUAUCCUUGCAUCCUUUAUAGUUAGUAAAUACAGAAAACUUUAUGAUGUAUCGAACUUUUACCGCUAAGGGACUCACAAUCUUAAUUCAAUCAAUCCUAGGGUGCCGUGUCUUACCUAAGCGGUCCCUUCCCCUCCAGAAUUCUCGUCAAUUAAUCUUCAAGCUACCUCGGAGCUCUUAGUGUAGGGGUUCUUAACCUUUUGAUGACUCCAGACCCCCAGUGAAUUACCCAAUAUGGUUCUAUACCCCCUUUGCUCAAGUCCAUUUAAGUGCUAUUUGUUAGGUAUGAAUAGUUAGGAAGAGCACAUACAAGAAGAUCAAAAGUAUUUAUAGUUUUAUAUAGUUAUCUAUUUAUCCCCAACAUGUGGUAUGGCUACCCCUUGCUCUAGCGUAAUUCUACCAACAUUUUGUUUAGAAACAAAGCAAACUUUUUUCUGCAUUAAGGUGUGAUAUAAAACAUAUGAGGAGUGAAGCCACAGAGCAUCGUUUAGAUUCAGUAAAGGCAUAAUAAUUCAGACAAAGAAACGAUAAGCAUACCCAAGACAAUACAGCCAUGCAAAUUAUCUACACGAAGAAGAAAUUUGAAUUUUUAAUAUCUGAAGAGACACCGAAGACCAUCUCUUGUAGAGAAAAAAUAAUCUGAUUUUUUGGUUUGUUUUAGUACACAAAGGUAAGCUACUACAAUUGUUGCAUAUUCUCUUCUUACUAUCGGAGUUUUGUGUCUGUUAAGCCUUGUCACACUUUUUACUCUCAAUUUCCCUUUGAGCGCUGAAAAACCUGACAGGUCCCAGAGCUUGGCCUUUGGCCUAAAUUUUGUAUUCCAUUCCAUUAAUCAAUGAACACUUGUAAUGGCAUGUUCUUCUGUACUGCACGUGUACGUGAUUGGGACUCGUGAUCUCAGUGGUACUGUUUAAAUAGCAUACUAUUUCCGAGAGAAAUUAUAUAAAAUAAAAUUAUCACGAGGUUUUUGUAUCGUCUGUUUUUAUUUAUUUUUUUUUUUUACUAGAAUUCCUUUCUGUUAUCGAUCAGCUUAGGUUAUGAAUCAGACAAAGAGCUUUUCAGUUCCGCUUACAAUCAACUUCUGUGGGACAGCACUCUCAUGCAGCAAGAAGGAUAUUUUGUUUGGAAACCUGAAGCAGAUUGAAUCAUGUACUAGGAAAGUAGUUGGUACUAUUGUCGCAUUUAUAGUAUUUAGCUAUGAACUGUUUCACUUGUACUAGGUAAUAAAACUUAU